AUGGGAGACCGGAUGCAUCAAUUUGUGAGUGGCUUAGGGCCACAUUUGAUCAAAGAUUACUUUACAGCUUCACUCCAAGAAGGGAUGGAUAUUUCUCGUAUUCAGGCUCACGCUCAGAACUUGGAAGAGCAGCAGCAACAGCACAGAGGUGAGCGUGAUAUUGAUAGAGGGCAUAGUAAGAGGGCCAGAUCUGUCGGUGCUAGUCAGAGUUUGAAAGUUUCUUUGAUAGUUUCGGGUUCCCAGUUUGAAGGUGAUCCCGGUCAGAGGAAACUACUGUUACCACGAUGCAGCCAGUGCGAUAUUUUACAUUCGGGUCAGUUUUAUCGAGGCUCAGAUGCUUGUUAUGCCUAUGGUCAGAUUGGGCACAUGAUGCCAGAUUGUCCCUCGAUGAGUGGUAGAGGUGGGGCUCAGCCUACAGGAUCAGCAGCCGGUUCUUCUUCAUCCGUGCACCCUGUAGGGCAGACUCCCUAG